ACGCACACUGCGAAAAUGGCGGACGUUUCUGUUUUGGAAAGUGGGAUUGAUAUUUCCAAAUUAAAGGUUCCAGAUUUGAAACGGGAACUCAAAAGCCGGGGCUUGAACACGUCCGGGAACAAAACUGACUUGAUCGAGCGACUACAAUCGGCUCUCAAAGCCAACGAGAGGACCAGUAACGAGUCAGUUGACGAUCUUGACGAAGACUUGCUUAACGAAGACGACGAUGACGUACAUUUAGAGACCACGGAAUCCGUGAUAAGUGAUAUCGACACUGCCCUGAACGACUCUCUCGCGCCCAAAGGGCAAAAACGCAAAUCGGACGAAAACGGUACAAAACAGGAGAAAACGGCUCCGAAAAAAGUCGUUCUCAACCGCAACACGCCACUCAUUGAGAACACGCGAAUUUCCACUGAGAGUAAGGAAGGCUCGGUCAAGUCUAACGGCUCAACUGAGGAAAAACGGGUAGUCAAACUAUCGGGCCUUUCAGCGAAAGAACGACUGGAAAUGCGGGCGAAAAAGUUCGAUGUGUCUCUGAGCAAUGAGGCGAAAAAAGUUGCAAGGGCUGAACGAUUCGGGACCGCAAAUCCAACAAAUUCGGCACAAACUAAAGUGAACACGAGUAUCGACGUGCUUAAGCAAAGGGCGGAGAGGUUUGGAGGGUCCGUCUCUACAGCCAUGGUGAGCUUGGACCAACAGCAGAGGCUGGAAAAGCGGAAGGAGAGAUUCGGGAUUGUUACGCCAGAGGACAAGGCCAAACAGCGUCUCGAAAGAUUUAAACAGCCUGUGAAAUAAACGUUUUAAUUUGUAUUAUAGAAUUUUCUUUGAUUUACUGUAUUUACUUUUUAAUAAAUUUUUCAUCCACAA